AUGGCGAAGACGCAGGAGAAGAAACCUGCACCUGUCUCAUUCGACGACAUCAUCCGGACAGGUCGCCAAAAGAAACAAAAUGAACAAUUAGCGAAUCAAAUUCUCGGCAAGGGCCGCAGAGAUCGCCGCGCCAGUGCGCCCGGCGCAGGUAUCCAGAAAUCGCAAGCUGCGAAGCCGGGGAGCUUAGCUAGCCGCAUUACUAUGCCCAAGCGCUCUGCUUCUACCGCGAAUCUCCGUCCCAACAAGCCAAACCCAGCCUCCGUUGCUAUCCCCACCGGACCCAGAAGCAUGAAGAAUGGAAACCGGAACCGUGUCGCCAAUCCUCAGAGAUUACAGAAUGUAAUCGAGUCCGGUUCUAGUCAAAUGACGGUUCACGCUCCGAAGAGGGGCGGUCUGUCCAUCAAGGGCGCAUCCGGGCCCUUCAUAGUGAUCGGCAGCAAUUUUGCGCCAGGUACCACCGCUGCUGAUAUCGAGUCCGCCUUAGAAUCUACCUGCGGUCCCAUGAUCAGCUGUCGUGUCAUCUCUCACAACCCGACUGUCACGGCCGAGAUCGCAUUUGAAAACAAAUUCUCAGCUCAGAAUUUGGUCGCCAAUUUCCACAACCAACGGGCUGAUGGACGCCUGCUAUCCAUGACUCUUCAACCGGGUGGGUCUCCUCUCAGCACGACUCACAACCCCUACAACGACCUGCGCGCAAAGGCCGAUCGCGAGCGACAGAAACGUCGAGCAGACCCUGAUGUGCAAAAUGGUAACUACGGGUUCGGAAAUGACGGUUCUCCUCGUUCUCAUAAGUCUUCGUCGGGAUUGUACAGUGACGAAAUGAUGAUGGACGAUGCGCCAGCUUCACGCAAGACUCAAGGUCGACGAUAUCAUUAA